AGUUAAUAUUUAAUUUGUUCUUGUUUGUUAUUUUAAAAAAAUAGCUGACUUCCUCAUCAAACACCGUAAAUCAUAUUGAUGACUAAAAAGCAUUAAGCAAACUAAUCACCUCAUCCAUAUAAUGGUACUCUUGAGAAAAGUUAAAAUAAAAUAAAAAAAUUAAAUAGGAACUAACAUCAAAUGGCAACACAAUGUUUAAUCAUGGAUUUGAUCAAUUAUACUAAGGAUAGGUAAACAAAUAUGUAAAUGCUUUUAUUUAUUUAUCGUCUCUUUUUUGUUCAGUUUAAAUAGUAAUACUCGAACAUAUAAUUCUGUUUAGCGCCUUUUUAGUGUAUUAAUUGUCACUUUUGCCCUUUAUAGCAAUUUAUCUAAGUUAUAAUGUGAAUAGCAGCAUCCCAUAAAUAUGCAACAUGUCCAAUUGAAAAUCUUUCUAAUAUUGCUUUGAGAAAAACAUAUUUUUAGUCUUGAUAAAAAAUUAAUAUGAUAAAUUUUGUCUUCUUUUUUUUUUUUUCAAAACUGUGACUAACUUAACUGAUAAAUAAACGACACCCUAACAAUAUAGUUCGGUCACCUGGGUGGAUCCUUGCGGAUUCUGUCCCUCCUCUCUUCAAUAGAAACCAAUGAGAUCCAAUCAGGUUUUCCUCUACAAACUAUGAUCUCACCUCCUUAUUUCCGAUUGGAUCGUUAUAUUUAGGAAACCAGCCCCGCUUUAUAAAGACAAGGCCGUUGUUUCUCUAAACGCUGUGGAGUUUGGAGAGGACAUUUUCUGGCAGAACCAGCCUAAUAAGUCUCCUGGACGAGUUUAAAAGCAGAGCCGAAGCGCGAGACUGUCCAGACGUUAUUUUGGAUGCCGCGUUUAAAGAAAACCCAAGAAGCGACCCAAAUGGCUGUCCAGCGAAAGAAACUUGUGGUUGUCGGGGACGGCGCGUGUGGGAAAACGUGUCUACUGAUCGUUUUCAGCAAGGACGAGUUUCCCGAGGUCUACGUCCCGACUGUGUUUGAAACCUACGUGGCCGACAUAGAGGUUGACAACCAGCAGGUCCAGCUGGCUCUGUGGGACACGGCCGGACAGGAGGACUACGACCGACUGCGCCCACUCUCCUACCCGGACACUGAUGUCAUCCUCAUGUGCUACUCUGUGGACAGCCCGGACUCGUUGGGGAACAUCUCCGAAAAGUGGGUCCCCGAGGUCAAGCACUUUUGUCCGAACGUGCCAAUCAUUUUGGUGGCCAACAAGAAAGAUCUGCGCAACGACGAGAACACGAAGAACGACCUCUCCCGAAUGAAACUAGAGCCCGUGAAGGCGGAGGACGGUCGUGCGAUGGCCAUGCGCAUCGGCGCGUACGACUACUUGGAGUGCUCCGCCAGGACCAAAGAGGGCAUCUGGGAGGUGUUCGAGACCGCAACACGGGCUACCCUCCAGAAACGCUCCGCACCGGGGGAUUGUUUCAAAUGCUGUGUGAUGCUGUGAGUCAACUGUGGAUUACAAGGUCUGGAGGACCUUUGCGGCAUACAAGACGUUUCCUGCCGCUGGGGGUCUGUGUUUGGACAUGCUGUCAGCCGCACCAAAACCAGUGACUGCGAACACAUUGUUCAGAGCACGCUUGCAUGUGGGUGUUGGUGUUUUAAUGCACUGGUUUGAUCAUCUUCGUUCUGGGUCACAUGAUCCUAAUCUGUUCGAAAAAUCGACAAACCAACAAAUUGUUUCAUUACAUUUGAAGAAGUUUAUCCUCUGCUCACUGAGUGUGGCCUUACCUGAGACUGUUUCAAAGUAUUAUUAUUAUUUUUUUAACAUUAACUGUUUCACCGAAAAUCUGCACUCUAAUUUAUGUUUGAACUGUGUUGCAACAUAUCUAUCGAGUUUGUGAAAUUGCAUUUCACCGUAAACAUUAUAAUUCAAAGAAAUUAAUAUGAAAUUCUGUAUAGUGUUUUUAUGUCGGUUUGGGUCCCCCCCCCAACUAAAAUCAGUGUUUUUGAUAUAGGGAGUUGCCCAGGGUGACUGUAUGACAGUGUGGGUGAGGCACACAAGCACCAGAUAAAAGCCUUUUCUGCUGCUUUUAUGUUGACGAAGGAUUAGCAUGUCUUGCUGCUGAGAAUAGGUAGACUGUUUUACGUGAUUUGUGCAGAACUACACUGCAUUUUGCCCCAGAAUUUAGGGUUGUUUCACAUAGCUUAAGCAGCUUUGGGGUCAACUGUAACACCUACAUUUUCUAAAGAGUUAAUAGAUUUUUAUUUUUUUUACUUUUCAUAAAAUUGUGGUUCUUAGUGGUCAUAUUGACCAGUUUGUACUCCUCUUGGGUGUAUUAGAGUGCAUAGCCAAGUUUUGUGGUACUAAACAAAAAUGUUUAACACUAUCAAACUGAAAUCUAAAAUGUACUUGCUAGCCAGCUCAUAACUAGUUUGUCUUUCCUGCAAGUAUGAGAAAAUGUACAGUAACCUUGCUUUCAGCCAGCUGAGCAGGAGUUUGUAGAAAAACAUGUAAGGUAGGGACAGCUUUGCAUUACUCUUGGUUUUAUACAGCCAGUGCACUUUGUCUGAAAUCAAUUCAAGAGGACUUUGAAUUAUAGGAAAGUACUGACAAAUUUUGGUGGGUUCAGGUGUGUGUGUUAUUUAUUUUUAAUUUUUUUAAUACAUCAGUAAUUGACCCAUGCUUAGUUAAACAAGUAUUGCCUUACAGCUUACUUUAUCAAAGGUCUUUUAAAGCAUACAGUAUAUAAAGGAGCUGCUUCAGAGGGUUUCAUGUCUGUUCACCCCUCCAUAGCUUUGUAUUUAUUGUUCGGUUCCAUUCUACUUCAAUUAAAUUUAGACAAAUGUCAUAUUUCUAAGGACUUUGUCACACCACGUUUCCAUUAAUUCUGGUUCUGAUAUGCAUUUGUUCUGACUGACUAAUGAAAUGUGACAGAUUAUGAUGCCUGAUCAGAUCAAAACACCACAAAGUGACUUCAUGUGAGUAGAAUUAAUUUAUUUAGGUUGAGUAAGCAUCUUUUGUCUAAGUAAAUCAUAAUAGUGUCAACUUUUUAAUUAGAGCUUGACAGUGUGUUGUAUUGCAAUUGUGAUCGCAUUAUCAGUGUGUGCGAUGGUGUUUAGAUAAACUAUUUGGCAGGCAGUAUAAUUUCAGGUGCCAAGUAUUUAUGUUGCGCUUUUUGAUGAGCGUUUUUUUUAAUUGGAUAGCUUGAAUUGACUUUUUAUUCUUGCACUGCACAAAGAUCUUAAUAACUCAGACACUGAAGCUUUAGAGGUUGGAGGUGAUGAUGGGGAAACAAAGUGGAAAGUGAGAAAAAUGUGUUUCUGUGUUCCUUUAUUGAUUUCAGAUGUACCUAUUGCUAUGAAGCUCUACUUUAAAUUGUUAGUUGCCAAAGCAGGUACGAUGGACACUCCUGGCAUGUUUAUCUAAUAGUUAUUUUGCAACAUGGUAGGAAAAAAACUAUUUCAUCAUGUUCCUGAAAAAAGGGGCAAAAUACCUGACUCUUUCCAAGGUCUGUUCUGUAAAGGGCUAGUGUCUAGUUUACAGUAAUGCCUUCAGAUUUUGGUCAUAUUGAUUAGUCUGUACAUAAUCCUGUUACUUUACAGCACAAUUCAACCAAGUUAUGUAUACAGUAGCUAAAGCCAAACAUUUCAGAGUGAUUAUUCUGUUACUUUCCUAUUUAGAAACUAUGAUGAUUUGGCAUCUUGUAUAGGGCACUUUUUUUUUUUUUAAUAGUCACAGAAAUCCAGUUUUGUUUUGUUUGUUUUUUUCGUGGGGGGAGGGUUCAGAUAAAUAGUACUUUACAUUAACAAAGCACUUCAGUGUAUCAGUUUGUGUUUUUCAAGACUGAUAUUUUCUCUGGUAACACCAGCCUGUACAAAGGUGUCAAAAUUAAAUGUGAAUCAUGAACCUGCUGUAACAACUUAAACUGCAUCAGGAGUAUUUUAAGCCACUAAACAGAAAUCUAAAUAUCUUCCGUUGCGACUAUGAAUGUACCUUAAAUUGACUUGGUCAGAAAGCUCGUGGGAUAGAAUUUAAUGUAUCUGAGUUAACCUUCGGUUGUUGUGAAAUAAGUUCAACUCAUCUGUUGCUCCACAUGUUGUGUAACUGUCCUCUUGUGUGGCCGUGGGAGUGCUUGUUCAAAUAAAAGCUUUUUACAUUGAUUACUGACACUGUUGCUGUUCUGGUGAUUCAGGAAAUUUCUCUUCGUGUUUUUUUUAUUUUUAACAAUCUAUUUAGGCGGAGAAAACUUGUGACACGCAUCCCAUUUCUGUUGCUGAGAAAUAACCAGCAUGUCCCAGGGUUUAAGCAGUGAGUGUUUUCUGAAUCUACCCAGAGACACAAUAGUGUAAAAGUCACAUUCCCCGCUGUCUUCCGUUGCUGGGCUUUCUGCUGACCUACACAACAGGAAUGCAUUGUGCUGAACUGCUUGAUUUUCCCACAAUGGCCCCCUUGAUGUGCCUCUGAUUUACAGCAACGUUAACACAGAUUGAAUGCUGCAGGUUUUUCUCAUCUUUAUUUUUGCUCAAAUGUGGAGAAGGACAACAUUGAAUGUGCGAGACGUUUAUUAAUGGGUAUUUGUUGUACUAGAAUGGUACGUUGGAUAUAUUGUAAGGAGAAAAUGGUGCCUGUUAAGAAGGAAAGAGUGGAAAUCUAAAUAAAGUGAUUUUUCAUGAA